AAUGAAUCCACGGGUCUCACUCUCUCGAAAGAUGCCAAGACAGGGCCCAGUUUAAACAUGAGAGUCGAAAACGGUGGACAUGGAACGAGUGUCAUGGCAUUGAUGGCUAUCGGUGGACGGAUGCGUAUUCAGCCUGGAAACCAUAAUGCAGCUCCUUUGGUGGUUGUUUUGGCGGGCAAUAAUACGGUGGGAAGUUACGGUUUGGCUGCGGCCCGUCAUCUGGCGAAUCGUGGUUGCCAAGUCGUGGUGUUGGUGACUUGUGGCAAGAACGCCGCGCUCAAGGAAGAGGUCAUGGAACAGAAAAAAUGUGCUGAAUUUGCUGGCGCGCGUAUUGUGGCAUCCACGGAAGAUUUACCUCAACGAUAUACAACGCCGGUGGAUUUGAUUAUUGACGCGAUGAUGGGCUGUCACUUUACGAUUCGGGACCUUCGGGACGAUUAUGAAACGCGGUUAUUAAUAUGGGAAGCCAUGGAUUGGGCCAAUAACAACAAAGCGCCGGUAUUGAGUUUGGAAUUGCCCAGUGGUAUCAACGGCGAAGAUGGCCAUCCUUUCCACGUUAUGCAUUACAUUUCUCCCAAAUGGACACUGUGCUUUGCUGUGCCUAAACAGGGUUGCACUUCUCGCAAUGUCACGGGUGAACUGUUUUUGGCCGAUCUCGGCAUACCGAUGGUCAAUUUGCAAAAGAUUGGAUUGCAACGAUUUAAUAUACCGUGGGGCACCGAAUUUGUUUUACCGUUGGAAUACAAAGACAACCCCGCUUUGUAAUAAGAUAAAAAUGCGAAAAACGGGCACUUGGAGAUGAAACAGUCAUUGGCAAAGAAAGAACGAACAAUUUUUUUUUC